GCUAACUCAGAAUCAAAGGAAGCUGGCUUGUCCCACGAGAAUAGGAUACUCUGCUGUAACCUGGCUUGCUUGGAGAAGGUUUGCAACAGGUUCGAUAUAAUUGACCUUCAAAUAAGGAUCUCAAAGUCUAGCAUACGAAAGCAGCAAGCCCUACUAUACUCGCAGACUAUCUUACUAUCUCGAACUGAACUGGAUUCUAUCUUGCCUAAAGUCCUAUUAAUGGAUAGGGGGAAUAUUACAUUCCCAACCACUGCUACUGGAGCUAUUCUAAAAGACAGGGGAGGUUCUGGAAGAGGUAACACGAAGUAG